AUGUACUGUACAUCAGAGGCAGUAUGGGCUGCAUAUAUCAAGAGGCGCCCUGAUGCUGGACCAUUUCGCAAUAAGGGAUGGCCACACUUCGAUGAACCAUCACCUGAUCUUGAUUUUCUGAAUGAAGAGGGUCUUCUGCAGCCUGGGCAUGAUCUAGAUGAGGCUCUCCUUCUCAAGCAAAAAUCUGACAACAUCUCUACUUCUACUAGUUCAACUUUGGCUCCAGCAUCCAAGAGGCAUCGUUCGAGUGGUGCUGCAGCACAGUUUGCUAUUGCUGACCAAUUUUCGGAUUUCACUGACACAUUUUGCUCAAGUUCUCAACCCCAGCCAUCCACUCUUGCUCCAUCACCAAUUCGAAGGCAGUGUGUCAUGCAGCGUGCACAGAAUGUUGAGACUCAUCUCACUGCUGAUGACAUGGCCGCUCUUGUUGAGGCCUUCCAGACUGAUUUCAGUGCUGCAGAUGCAUAUAUGAUCAAUAGUCGAUAA